AAGACACUCGCAAAUCUGACCGUCUUUUUCACAUUUGUAAAUCCUCGCGUCGUAUCAUCAUCGUCUUUCUCCCAAUUCCUGAGACUUCAAAUCUCUCAGGAAUUCCUUUCUCAAAAUUUCCAAAUCCCUAAUUUCAAUUUUGCCUGCUUGUAAAUCUCAAAUCGCUCCCAGUUUUGACUCUAAUUUGAUCAACACUUUCAAUUUCACCUUGGCUAUUCAAAUUCCUUGAUUCAUUAAUCAGAAAUGUUAUCUAUUUGCUUCUUCUAGGUUUUCCUAGAUCUUCAAUCUCUCUCUCACCAGAAACUAUUUACCUAAUCUUCCUCUACUUUAUCAAAAUUGUUGAUAUGGCUAUUCGGAUUACUCUCACCUACUCCGGUUAUGUCGCCCAAAACAUCGCCACCUGCGCGGGAAGUCGCGUCGGUGGAAACUUCCGAUCACUCCACGAGUGCUUUUUCCGAUCACGCAUCUUCGCCUCACCUACGACAAAUCAAAACGUCGAUUACGAACCACCUGCGCCGCGUCCCUCACGUGACUUCCGUUCCGGUGGUGGUUACUGCAGGAAUUCAUCUUCCCUGUAUUGUACAAUCGCCGGAGAAAUCUUUGGAAAGAAUUGUAUGAGCCCCAUAGCCGUUGGAUUAAUCGAAUUAAUGAAGUCAACGGCUGGGGUUUCUGUUUCUAAUUCAUCAUGUAGUGGCCUUUUUGGAAUUUCGCCAUUUAAAGCUUCCUCGAUUCUUCCCUUUUUACAUGGUUCGAGAUGGCUUCCGUGUAAUGAGCCAUCUUCUGGACCUAAGAAGAGCAGUGACGUGGAUAAGGGUGGUACUAAUGUUAGUAGCUGUGCCAGUACUCCUAAUGCUUCUGCUGCUGUUGGUGCUAGUCCUUCUGUUGGUGCUACUACUGUGACCUUGGAGAUUAAGGCCAAGGAUUUUGACAAGAGUUGGUUUUCUAAGGUUUUCAACUUUUCUUCGGAGGAUGCUAAGGCUAUUGUUACGGCUGCUACUGUUAAUUUGUUGCUCCGGUCCGCCUUGGCUGAGCCUAGAUCCAUUCCUUCUACUUCCAUGUGUCCUACUCUGGAUGUGGGUGACCGUAUUUUAGCUGAGAAGGUUACUUAUGUCUUCAGGAAGCCAGAAGUUUCUGAUAUAGUGAUAUUUAAGGCCCCUCCAAUCUUGCAGGAAGUUGGCUAUUGUUCUGGCGAUGUAUUCAUCAAAAGAAUUGUGGCAACAGCUGGAGACUUUGUUGAAGUUCGUGGGGGAAAGUUAUAUGUGAAUGGAGCUGUUCAAGAUGAGGAAUUCAUCUUAGAGCCUCUUGCAUAUGAGAUGGAACCCAUGCUUGUACCAGAAGGUUAUGUCUUUGUGAUGGGAGACAACCGAAACAACAGUUUUGACUCUCAUAACUGGGGUCCUCUGCCUAUCAAUAACAUUGUUGGUAGGUCGGUGUUUCGGUACUGGCCUCCAUCCAAAGUGUCCAACAUUGUGUAUGAUCCAAAUGCAGUAAAGAACACAGUAGCAGUAUCUAACACUUGCAAUUCGUCACCCUUUUUCAUCAUGGUCAUCCAUCAAUUUGUAGGCCGUGCAAUGGGCCUAAUGAUAAUGAAACUUGCAAUUAACUCUGAUCUGAACUAUUUUUAUGGUAAACCAGAGAAAUAUAUCGUAAAAGAAUUGAACGCCGUUGACGUUGAAUCAACGGACACAAUGAACCGUCGUGGUCGACUAUUCUUCACUCCUCUGGUUUUACUCGUAUUUCAAACUUUACCUACAUUAAUUAAUGCAGUUACUCUUCUCAACUCCAAUCAUCAUGGAACUAUCAAUCAUACCAACACUUACAGCAUCCUCGAGGACGUUUUGAAGGAGAUAUCGGACCGGCUAAAUUGGGAUAUGGAUACAAUCAGGACUUCCAGAUUGAAAGUGAGCAAGAUUAGGUUUAGUAAUGCUCAGAGAUACGAGUUUCGAGUCCGAUUUGGAAAGAUGCCUUUGCUUUUCAAAUUUCCUGAUGAAUUGCAUUCCUGGAAAAGAAUCACCAACACUAACCACGAGUUUGAAAAUUUUGUCAAUGAGAUUGGUUCCUCAACUGUAUUGGAUACUUUCAAAGUGGAAGGUCCAUUUGAUUUACGGGUCAGUGACCAGGAUGCGCUCUCUUUGUCAUUGCCGUUGAAUGUUUCACACUCCAAUUUGAAACGAGUGCUAGUUGGUAAAGGCAUCACAGUGGAAAUAAGAGCAGCUAAACAACUCUCUGUUUUCCAAACUUUUGACAGUAAUUUCGAUAUGAAUACAAGUGAUAAAAUUAAAAAAGGGAUUGGCGGUUUUUGCUCGUUUUUCCAUCAGUAUUGUAGGCCGUUACUUCCUAUACAUGUCAUUGGUUCUGCAUCGCUUAUUGCAUACAAUACUAGGAAUCCUGAUGCAUCUGUCGAAACUAUCUUAUUAUCGAAAGAAACGAUGGAGUUACUGCCCGAAAAAUGUUAUAAUUAUAUGCACAAGAACCGGGCUAUGCUCAGUCAUUCCUUAAGUUCAAAGAUUGACAGGCUAGGAAUUCUAUUGAGGACCUUUCUUGGUAACAAAGUGGGGCAAAAUCGGUUAUCAGGCUUUAUCAGAACUAAUAUAAAAGCAGCAACUGUUAUUCGAUUUCAGUUGGCAUUGGAAAAAAAAAUUGGGAACAACACAACUCUGGUUGGUGCUGUGGAAGAUUGGAGAACAAAGCCUACAGUUGAACAAGUUUGGUUUGAAGUGGUGGCAAGAGUUGAAGAUGAGAAUUUGAGACCUGUCACAGUUAAAAAGGUUAGGCCUUUUAUAGCAGUAGAUACAGUAUCAUGGAGUAAUUUAAUGUCGAAUAUUUCGUUUACGAAAUUCCCGUCGUUUCUUUUGCCUUCUGAAGCUCUAACACUGGAUGUGAAAUGGUAGGAUGAAACCUUUGUGUAUAUUUAUAGUUUUGUUUUUGAUAACAUUUAUAUACGAAAGCAAUUUCCCGUCAUUUAUGCACA